AUGCGGUUAUUUGCUACCGGUCGAGUCCUGCGCGCCAGCAGUGGGCGCUGGUCCAUUUCCGCGACUCGUCCGAGAAUCUCCAUUCCCCGAUCAUACCCGCUCCGCGAGUCCAUCCCAGCUGCCACUCGCGACUGGAGCUCCACAUCGGCUCGACGGACAGCUGAUCAAAGUUCCAGUACCGGCCAGCCCAAGCAAGUGCCGAAAGCGCGGUCAAGUCUCAAAAUCCAAGGCGACAACCACCCGACUGACCAAUGGACCAACACUCCCGACACAAUCCUAAACCACGUGGGACGGCGCCUGUACCUCGACGAGAAUCAUCCCCUCGCCAUUACACGCAAGCUCAUUGAGAGCCAGUUUCCUGCGCCGGUGUUUGGCAACUACUUCGAAAAGAACCCCGUUGUCACGACUAGACAGAACUUUGAUGUCCUGGGCUUCCCACCAGACCACCCGGGUCGCAGUCGCACGGAUACCUACUACAUCAACGAUAAGACGGUGCUGCGCACCCAUACAAGCGCACACCAGCAAGCGUAUUUCCAGCAAAUCAACCGCAAUGAGAAGAUCCGCCCGGAGGAGGUUGGAUAUACCGUCAUUGCUGAUGUCUACCGCCGUGAUGCGAUUGACCGGAGUCACUACCCGGUCUUCCACCAGAUGGAGGGAGCUAUGCUGUGGAAGCGGCCAGACCAAAACCCGCUGGAGGCAUCCAAAGAAACCGCAGCCAGGAUCAAUGCGGAUUUAGAUUUGAUCCCGCGCCACGACGUUCCAGUCGAAGACCCCAACCCAACGAUCCACCCGCACCGUAACCCGCUGCAGGCGGAGCACCACAGCGAAGAGGAGGUCGAGGCGAUUGCAGCGCAUCUGAAGCGGUCUCUCGAGCGCAUGGUCAUCAAAGUCUUCACUGAAGGAAGCAAGGCUGCCGCUGCAAGCGCUGGUGGUAAUGUCGACCCUGAGCCUCUCAAGGUCCGCUGGGUGGAGGCAUACUUCCCUUUCACCAGCCCAUCGUGGGAGCUCGAAGUCUUCUGGCAAGGUGACUGGCUGGAGAUUCUAGGAUGCGGUGUCAUCAAGCAAGAUCUCCUGAUCAACUCGGAUGUCCCCAACCGGGUCGGCUGGGCCUUUGGCCUGGGCAUUGAGCGCAUUGCUAUGCUCCUUUUCAACAUCCCCGACAUCCGCCUCUUCUGGUCUCGUGAUGAACGCUUCCUGUCUCAGUUCCGUGCUGGUCAGAUCACCCGUUUCGAGCCCUUCUCCAAGCAUCCCGCCUGCUACAAGGACGUUGCUUUCUGGCUGCCUCCAGCCGCCGUCACCGGCGGUAGCAGUGCUGCAGGUGGUGCCGUGCCGUUCCACGAGAACGAUGUGAUGGAAAUCGUUCGCGGCAUCGGUGGUGACCUCGUCGAGGAUGUGACUCUAAUUGAUGAGUUUACUCACCCCAAGUCUGGACGGAAGAGCAUGUGCUAUCGCAUCAACUAUCGUAGCCUGGAGCGGACUUUGACCAAUGAGGAGGCUAAUGAGAUGCAUGAGAAGGUGCGAGCUCAGCUGGUUGAUGACUUUGGCGUGGAAAUGCGGUGA